AUGAAUGAUUCAAAUGUUAACAUUGUUGGUUUAUCUGACGAAAUUUUAUUGACUAUUUUCAAGAAACUUAAUAAUUUUGAUGUGUUAUAUUCACUCGUCGGUGUUAAUCAUAAACUCGAUAGAAUAGCAUGUGACAUUGCCUUCACUCGAGAUGUUGAUUUAAUGAUGAUAUCAUCAAAUGAAGGGGAUGUUUCGACAACAGAUGCAAUACUUGAUCGAUUUUGUUCCGAUAUAAUCCCUCGAAUUCAUAACAACAUGGAAAGUCUUACUGUUCAAGCAUCCUUAUUGCAACGUGUUCUUCAUGCCAAUAGUUAUCCUAAUUUACAUAAGUUGACUCUUGUCAAUCUUAAACUCAGUAUGGAUUCUCACAUCUUCGAUGAAAACUUGCUAUUUGAUCCUACUUUCAAACACCAAAUUUCAGAAUUAAUCAUAAAGAGCGAUUACAAAAUUUCAAGUACAUCAGAGCAGAAGUUCUUAACCGAUGUUUAUGUCAAAAUUUUUGUCUUAUUACCAAAUCUGAAGUAUUUUGAUUCAGAUGUUUAUUACGAUUAUUAUUUCUCACAAGCAUUGACAAGUGAUUUAUCUUUUCCUAAAUAUUAUUCAUCAAACAUUGCUUAUUUACGUAUGAAAAUGUGUUAUUUCGACGAUUGUCUUUACUUACUUGAUGGUCGUCUUAGUCAAUUACAUACAUUUAUUGUUGAUCUCAAGCACAUACAUGAACCAUCAGCAAUUCAUUUAAGUUCAUCAAGACUCAUACGAAAUUCAUUAAAGCUAAUAAAUAAUGCGAAGUCUCUACUUCACCUGAAAUGUUUUUCGCUGUAUGUCCAUACUCCAAUGGUUGAAUUUGAUUCUCUUGUUAUUCCGCUUCUUCAUCGAAUGUUACAUUUGGAAAAGCUCACAUUAUCUGUCCAUGUUCGUCAUCGAAGUUCAUUCAUUGAUGGGAUUCAUCUAGAUAAGAAUAUACUUAAUAUUUCUGUCUCACCACCUCGUCGUCGUCUUCGUCGUAAUCAUAAACAAUCAACAGAAAAUAGUCAUGAUGCUGAAACAUUGAGUAAGUCAUCACUUCAUGAUCAUGCAUCAUCAAUUGAUAGAACAAGUUCAAAUGAAGUCAUUGAAGAUGUUGAUUUGUAA